GAGACUUUCCCUUCUAGUUUUCUGCCAAACAUUCAUAUCUCUUUCCUCAUUAGUGAAAAACUCCACCUCCUUAACUCACAUGUCCACUGAAUUUGAGAAACAUAAAAGAGUAAAAAUAACCUUAACUUUCCUUUUUACAACUCUCCUAGCUUCAAACUCAAAAUCCCUUUUAGUAUUAUCUCCAAUUAUACUCUAAAAAUGGAAGCUUUUCAUCAUCCCCCUAUUAGCUUUCACUUUCCCUAUGCUUUUCCUAUCCCAACACCAACAACCAAUUUUCUUGGAACUCCAAAUUCAUCAUCAGUUAAUGGAAUGAUCAUCAACACUUGGAUGGAUAGUAGAAUUUGGAGUAGACUUCCACAUAGGCUUAUUGAUAGAAUCAUUGCUUUUCUACCACCACCUGCUUUCUUUAGAGCUAGAGUUGUGUGUAAGAGAUUCUAUGGACUUAUUUACUCUACACAUUUUCUUGAAUUGUACUUGCAAGUUUCACCUAAGAGGAACUGGUUCAUUUUCUUUAAACAAAAAGUACCAAGAAACAACAUUUACAAGAACGUGAUGAAUAGUAGUAACUCAGGAGUUUGUUCUGUUGAAGGUUACUUGUUUGAUCCUGAUAAUCUUUGUUGGUAUAGGCUUUCUUUUGCUUUAAUCCCACAAGGGUUUUCUCCUGUUUCAUCUUCUGGUGGAUUAAUUUGCUUUGUUUCUGAUGAAUCUGGAUCAAAAAACAUUCUUUUAUGUAAUCCACUUGUAGGAUCCAUAAUUCCCCUGCCUCCAACUUUAAGGCCUAGGCUUUUUCCUUCUAUUGGUUUAACUAUAACCAACACAUCUAUUGAUAUAGCUGUAGCUGGAGAUGACUUGAUAUCACCUUAUGCUGUUAAAAACUUAACUACAGAGUCAUUUCAUAUUGAUGGUAAUGGAUUUUACUCAAUAUGGGGUACAACUUCUACACUUCCAAGAUUAUGCAGUUUUGAAUCAGGCAAAAUGGUGCAUGUACAGGGGAGAUUUUAUUGCAUGAAUUUUAGUCCUUUUAGUGUGCUUUCUUAUGAUAUAGGGACUAAUAACUGGUGCAAGAUUCAAGCCCCGAUGCGACGAUUCCUACGUUCACCGAGCCUUGUUGAAGGGAAUGGUAAGGUUGUUUUAGUUGCAGCAGUUGAAAAGAGUAAACUGAAUGUGCCAAGAAGUUUGAGGCUUUGGGCAUUGCAAGAUUGUGGUACAAUGUGGUUGGAAAUAGAAAGAAUGCCACAACAAUUGUAUGUGCAGUUUGCUGAAGUGGAGAAUGGACAAGGGUUUAGUUGUGUUGGACAUGGUGAAUAUGUGGUGAUAAUGAUUAAGAAUAAUUCAGAUAAGGCAUUGUUGUUUGAUUUCUGUAAGAAGAGAUGGAUUUGGAUACCUCCUUGUCCAUUUUUGGGAAAUAAUUUAGACUAUGGUGGUGUUGGUAGUAGUAAUAAUUAUUGUGGAGAAUUUGGAGUUGGAGGGGGAGAGUUGCAUGGAUUUGGUUAUGACCCUAGACUUGCUGCACCUAUUGGUGCACUUCUUGAUCAGUUGACAUUGCCCUUUCAGUCAUUCAACUGAUAGUUAAACUGUUUACAAGUGGGGUAUCAGUAGUACUAGUACUAUGAAUAGUGUUUCAUUUGGACCUUAAUUAAUUGUAUUUUUAGUGUUUAAUUAUCUAGUGUUUUUAUAUUACCAAGUCUUUAGUAAGAAGAAAGUUUGUACUCUACUAUUGUUGGUUGACUUAUUAAUAUGAGUUUUACAUUGAUUUGUGCUUA